ACUUCUCCUCAUGAAUACCUCAGGUUCUGUUUCGUCUCGCUUUCGGCUCCCAAUAUCCUUCUUGCAAGAAAUGUUUGUUGUUAUGAUCUCAAAUUUCAAUAUCGUUGCAGCUGUCGUUCAAGUCUGGGCGUGACUCUGAUUGAUGACAGAACUAUGGCCAGUCAUCCCAUAUCAUUAGCAGAUCUAGGACCCAGCGUUGUUACAAACAAGGAAGACUAUCAGAUACCUGAUGGAGCUAGAUAUGACUACGAGACGUCUCCUUGCGGUCCCGGGCUGUUAUUCCCUGUCUGAGACAUCCGACGGAUAACGCUACAUAUCUAACGCGGAAUUAUUGGUGUUCGUUCAGCUGUUUGAUCAGCGAAUCGCUUCUUUUGAAGCAUGAAGAUGCGAUGAUGUAUGACGGGCUGCGUCCCAUGCGAUUCCACCCGCUGGGAUGUCAUCAUCUAAGACUUGUGAAGUAGGGGAUGUACAUCCAUGGGACUUCACUGUCUGUCUAUCGUCAUGUCUGAAAGGCACCAUGUCAUCUGAUGUAGGAUGUUCGGCGAAAUCGGACAACAGUUGGCGUGGAUAAGGCGGAUCUUUAAGGUUUCCUGAGCAAGCCGGCAAGGAACACCUCACGGGCGUAGGGUAUGCUGAAUGAUCAGAAGUCUGACGCUCUUGUCUCGUGGGAUUACCAUUCUUACUGCCCAUAUUUGGUGAACCCUGCUUCUGCGGCAUGAAUUGCAGAGAGAUGAUGACUUCCCGAAGAGACCGAUCAACAGCGGUCGCGUGAUUUUGAUCAUCUGCCAAUUAUAUUGAUAGGUUGAGUUCACAUGAAUGUCUGUGGAAUCCUGGUAGCUGUCUUCCAUCUUCGUGUCCAUCCCCCAACAGAAUACGCAUUUUGCCCCAAACUGGUCAAGACAUUCUGUUCAAAAGAUAAACUGAACUGAUUCUUACCCUCCCCCUCGUACCUACAGAAUGUCGGACGAUAGACCAUACCCACCCCUAGAUGGAACUAUUACCGUCCUUCCAGGCUUUGUAGAUUUCCAAGCAGAGCACCACCCAACUCUACCUUGGGCUAUAUUCCCUUCAAUCGAGAAUCCACAAGAGCCGACUAUCAUUACGUUCGAAGAGUUCACGAGAGCGACACAUAGGAUUGCACAUGCACUUCGCCCUCAGCGCUCAGGACAAGAUGGGGAGAUAGUCGCUCUAGCUAUCCAUUGCGAUACUAUACUAUAUGUUGCAACCAUGAUUGGUCUGAUUAGAGCUGGAUUAGUGCCAUUCCCGAUGUCAGUUAGGAACUCUCCUGAAGCCAUCUGCAGCAUGCUCGAGAAUUCGUCGUGUCACAGAGUUAUAACACAGCCUUUCCUGGUCCCGCUUGUUUCUGCGGUCCAAGCUCAGUUGGCAGCCAAGAAUUUCACUUUGAAGAUCGACGAUCUUCCUGACGUACAUUCUAUAUUCCCUACUAUUCGACCAAAUGCUCCUGCGGCAGUUGAUGUCCCUGCUUAUCCUCCGAGCGAUCGCAAACCAGAGCCAAACGAUGUCCUCUUAUACCUCCAUUCCUCCGGUUCAACUGGACACCCCAGACCUGUACCUCAAACGCAGAAGAUUAUGCUGCAAUGGGCUGGUUCCCCGGUAAUCCUUGCUAAUCGUGGGCGAGACCUUCGUCUAGGCUCUAUGAUGGCCCCAACUUUUCACACUACGGGGCUAUAUAUGCAAGUCCUUCCGCCCAUUGUGAAUGGCGACCCAAUUGCGACAUUUACCCCGCAAGGGCCUUCACCACCGGUAAUGCCAAAUCCUCGAAAUACGCUCGAAGCUGCAAAGCUUACUAGGUGCAACGGUGUCGCUGCUAUUCCCGCCUUCUUAGAAGUAUGGGCACAAUCUCCCGAAGACAUUGAAUAUCUAGCCUCCUUAAUACUAUUGUCAUUCGCUGGAGGUCCGCUUUCCGAUGCUGGAGGUGCCAAGUUGCAAGCAGCUGGAUGCAAACUGUUCUCAGUGUAUGGCGCUACGGAGUUUGGGGCUCCUACUGGGAUAUUCGACACAGAUGAUUCUCAAGGUCUUGAUGCACCUGUGAAGACGAGUGCUGACUAUGCGUGGUUCCAAUUUCCUGACUACGUGAACAUGCGGUGGAUUGAUCAAGGCGACGGCACAUACGAACUGCAGUUUUUGACUUGUGAUACCCAUCAGCCGGCUGUAGAGAACCUCCCUGACGUUAAAGGGUAUGCUACAUCCGAUUUAUUCGAGUCUCAUCCUACAAAACCUGGAUUGUGGCGUGUUGUUGGUCGUACGGAUGAUGUUUUAGUUCUUGCAACAGGCGAGAAGAUUGUUCCUUUGCCACAAGAAGGCUAUAUCGGUUCGGUACCAGAAGUCGCCGGCUCUGUCAUGUUCGGUCGAGGGAAAAAUCAAGCUGGUAUUCUCAUCGAGCCCCGCCCGGAACUCCAAAUAGAUCCAACAGAUGGAGAGGCACUAGUCGCUUUUAGGAAUCGAAUAUGGCCUCAUAUCGAAGAAGCAAACAAACUCGGGCCGGCUUUCGCAAGGAUAUUCAAGGAGACAAUCAUCGUCACGGACCCUGCAAGGCCGCUGCCUCGUGCUGCAAAGGGAACAGUCCAGCGAAAGAGGGCGCUUGCUUUGUAUGCUGAGGAUAUCGAGGCUCUGUAUGAGAAAAUUGAAGCGAGUGCAAACGCCAAUGGAAUAGCACCACCAGCUUCAUGGACUGUUGAGGAUGUGGAACGAUGGCUUUCAAGACACGCGGCGUCACUGAACCAUGACCAGACGCCAGAAUCAGACGUUGACGUUUUUGAACAAGGGUUCGAUAGUCUGAAUGCGACGUUGUUGCGAAACCGCGUGAUCGGCGCACUUCGGUCUUCUACGGAUCCGUCUGCUCAGAAAGCUGCGAUACAUGUUCCUCAAGAUUUUGUCUACCACUAUCCGACAAUACAGCGUUUGGCAGUUGCCAUCGUCAAUCUCGUCUCUCCCACUGCCCAAUCCAAUGCGAAUGCCCAUACAGCGAAUAUUCAAGAAUUCAUCGACAAGUAUUCUGCCAAUCUACCAACGAAACCCAUUUCAUCUCUAGGCAAACAGACUGAUAAAGGCAGCGAGGGACUCGUCGUGUUAUUGACAGGAUCCACAGGUAGUCUAGGUUCUCAUAUCUUAGCCGCCUUGCUAGAAGAGCCGAAGGUUUCAAGAAUCUAUGCAUUGAACCGAGGAGAGGAUGUUUCGGGAAGGCAGAAACUAUCCUUCGAGGAUAAGAAGCUGGCGACUGAGUUACUCGAUAGCACCAAACUCGUCCAGCUUUCGUCUGAUCUGAGUCGGACCGACUUGGGACUGUCCGCUGAGACGCUCAAAGAGAUUAAAACUUCGGUCACUCAUAUCAUUCAUAACGCCUGGCGAGUAGAAUUCAACCUAUCCUUGAGCUCCUUCGAGAGUUACAUCGCGAGCACGCGAAACCUUCUCGACGUCUCUUCGCAAUUCGCACAUCAUAUCCGGUUCUUCUUUACCUCGUCUAUCUCGGUUGCAGUUGGUUGGAACGCCAGCAAAGGAGAGGUACCCGAAGAUGUGAUCGACAAUAUCCAAGCACUUUCUCAAGGAGCAGGAGGUUAUGAGUCAAGUAAAUAUGUUGUCGAACACAUUUUGGCUAAGGCGAGUCGAGCUGGCGCUGUUACAGCGACCUCUCUUCGUGUUGGGCAGGUAUCCGGCUCUACGAAAACAGGUGCAUGGAAUACUUCGGAAUGGGUCCCGAGCAUAGUCAAGUCAAGUGUCGCGUUGGGCUGUUUGCCAGCUUUGGAGGGGGUUGUGUCGUGGAUACCGAUGGAUACAACUGCUCGCACCAUCGUAGAAGUCGUCCUCUCACCUUCCCCUCUUCCCCCAGUCCUGAACGUGGUGAAUCCUCGCCCCGUACCCUGGAACCAAGUGUUCAAGGAUAUCAGCCAGUCUAUAUCACAGGACGGCCCUUCAAUUCCGAUCGUGCCCUUCGAAGAUUGGCUUACAAAGCUGGAAGCUUUAAGCUCCAAUGUGACUGCAAAGGAUUUAGCGGACACCGUGAGUUUGAACUAUUAUCACUGGGGGUCUCAAGCUGGUCAUAACCUAAUCGCGCGCAGCCUGCUAUCAAAUUGCUUCGGUUCCUCCGUUCACUUUCGCCCACCGUUCCUACAGCUUCAUCUGAAGCAGGCGGUUUACCGACGUUCUCCACGAAGAAAACACAAGACAUUAGCACGGCACUGAGAACGAACCUACUUAUUGACAAAGAGCAGGUUGAAUCGUGGAUUGCGUUCUGGAAGGAAAGGUCAUUCAUUUAGCCUAGUGUCCUGCAAUUGAUUGGUUCUCCAUGGUCUGAAUGUAAUUGUUGUAAUGUAGUUUCCGAAGUAAUCUCCCGGAAUUCAUCAGUGUUGAUUCAUCCUGCACAAUGAGAUUUUGUCUCACUG